AUGGGCGCUGCCAGCAAAGCGGCCAUGGGCCUGGAGAGUUACCUGGAGGGCAGCCUCCUGGCCAGCGGGGCCCUGCUGGGGGCAGACGAGCUGGCCCGCUACUUCCCAGACCGGAACGUGGCACUCUUCGUGGCCACCUGGAACAUGCAGGGCCAGAAGGAGCUCCCGCCCAGCCUGGACGAGUUCCUGCUCCCAGCCGAGGCCGACUAUGCCCAGGACCUGUACGUCAUCGGCGUCCAGGAGGGCUGCUCUGACAGGCGGGAGUGGGAGACGCGUCUGCAGGAGACGCUGGGCCCGCACUACGUGCUGCUGUCCUCGGCGGCCCACGGCGUGCUCUACAUGUCGCUCUUCAUCCGCCGGGACCUCAUCUGGUUCUGCUCAGAGGUGGAGUGCUCCACGGUGACCACACGCAUCGUGUCUCAGAUCAAGACCAAGGGGGCCUUGGGCGUCAGCUUCACCUUUUUUGGCACCUCCUUCCUCUUCAUCACGUCCCACUUCACCUCGGGCGACGGGAAGGUGGCAGAGCGGCUGCUGGACUACACCAGGACCGUGCAAGCCCUGGCCCUGCCCAGAAACGUGCCCGACACCAACCCCUAUCGCUCCAGCGCAGUGGACGUCACCACCCGCUUCGAUGAGGUGUUCUGGUUUGGAGACUUCAACUUCCGCCUGAGCGGCGGGCGCACGGCCGUGGACACCCUCCUGUGCCAGGGCCUGGUGGUGGACGUGCCGGCGCUGCUGCAGCAUGACCAGCUCAUCCGAGAGAUGCGGAAAGGGUCCAUCUUCAAGGGCUUCCAGGAGCCGGACAUCCACUUCCUCCCGUCAUACAAGUUUGACAUCGGGAAGGACACGUACGACAGCACCUCCAAGCAGAGGACACCCUCAUACACGGACCGUGUCUUGUACAGAAGCCGCCACAAGGGUGACAUCUGUCCCGUGAGCUACUCCUCCUGCCCCGGGAUCAAGACCUCCGACCACCGCCCUGUGUACGGCCUCUUCCGGGUGAAAGUGAGGCCGGGGCGAGACAACAUUCCAUUGGCAGCUGGCAAAUUUGAUAGAGAGCUAUACUUACUAGGAAUUAAAAGACGGAUUUCGAAGGAGAUUCAGAGGCAGCAAGCACUACAGAGUCAGAACUCCAGCACCAUCUGUUCCGUUUCUUGAAGUUUGCUGAGCGAGGACCCACAGCCGCAACAUGGGGUGAUUGUAUUUGAUCAAAACCCAGCGGGAAGGACGAAGAGUUUGCCGCCUUUUGCGGAUCUGAGGGACUGUGGCGCCCGUGCCACUGUGCCAGCGUCCCAAGAAGGAAGCCACCCCUAAGUGAGCCUGUCCU